GUAAACAACAUGCGGAAAUAAUAAAUUUCCGCCGCCGUUGUACAUGGCUUUCUGAGUUUGUGGUUUAAGCAAUUAUCCGCGUUCGAAGUGGUCAAAUUGUUUAAAGAUAAUAAGAAAAUGGCUACCUUACCUCCACCGAUAAGAAAUCCUGAAAUAAAAUUCACACAGAUCUUCAUCAACAACGAAUGGGUAAACUCCGCGAGCGGUAAAACAUUCCCAGUGGUCAACCCAACUACCGGACAGAAAAUCUGCGAUGUGCAGGAAGGAGACAAGGCGGAUGUGGACAAGGCGGUAGCGGCGGCCAAGGCGGCGUUCCAGUUUGGAUCCACCUGGCGGAGCAUGGACGCCAGCAAGAGAGGACAACUCCUCAAUAAACUGGCCGACCUCAUUGAGAGAGACAUUGUCUAUAUCGCGAGUCUUGAGACGCUUGACAACGGGAAGCCUUACAAAGACUCGUACACAGUGGACAUGCGCCUGGUGCUGGGAACCAUCCGAUACUUUGCAGGCUGGGCAGACAAAGUCAUGGGAAAAACCAUUCCCGUCGACGGCGACUUCUUUUGCUACACCCGUCAUGAGCCCGUCGGAGUAUGCGGCCAGAUCAUACCGUGGAACUUCCCGCUUCUGAUGAUGGCGUGGAAGAUAGGCCCCGCUCUCGCCUGCGGCAACACAAUUGUGCUAAAACCCGCCGAGCAGACGCCCCUAACAGCCAUGUACGCCGGCUCCCUCAUCAAAGAGGCCGGUUUCCCGCCAGGUGUUGUCAACAUUGUCCCGGGCUACGGGCCUACCGCAGGCGCCGCCAUCACUUACCAUCCGGACGUGAGGAAGGUGGCAUUCACUGGAUCCACCGAGGUGGGUCAACUGAUCAUGGAGGGUGCGGCUAAGAGUAACCUGAAGCGCGUGACCCUGGAGCUGGGAGGCAAGAGUCCUGUCGUCAUCUUCAAGGACGCCGAUCUGGACAAAGUCGUCGAGCUCGCGCACCAGGCGUUGUUCUUUAACAUGGGUCAGGUGUGCACGGCAGGCUCGCGGACCUACGUGCACGAGGACAUCUAUGACGAGUUCGUCAAGCGAGCCGUGACACGUGCGAAGGCCAGGCCGGUCGGAGACCCGUUUGAUCCCAAGAACGAUUCCGGCGCACAAGUAAGCGAGGAGCAGUUUGAGAAGAUCCUGUCGCUAAUCGAGAGUGGCAAGGCGGAAGGGGCCAAGCUGGAGUGUGGAGGGGCCAGACUGGGCACCGAGGGCUACUUCAUCCAGCCCACCGUCUUCUCAGGGGUCACUGACAACAUGCGCAUCGCCAGAGAAGAGAUCUUCGGGCCCGUGCAGCAGAUCAUCAAGUUCAAGGACAUGGAAGAAGUGGUGGCACGCGCCAAUGACACGAACUACGGUCUGGCGGCCGCUUGCUUCACCAAAGACCUUGACACCGCCAACACCUUCACCAGCAGGGUCGAGGCAGGCACCGUGUGGGUGAACUGUUUCAACGUGUUCCAAGCCCACGCCCCUUUCGGAGGCUUCAAGAUGUCGGGCAUCGGUCGGGAACUAGGCGAGUAUGGCUUGACACAGUACACGGAAGUAAAAAAUGUGUUUGUUAAAACCCCGAUGAAACUGUAGAACACGUGACUGACGAGUCAACACUGAACCGAGAAAGGACGUGAAGACAUUCUCAAAUAACCGAUGUAUAAUCUAUCCUGUAUAUUCAUGCAUUAUCACCUUCACCAUGAACUCGUGAGAACUCGACAUUUGUGAUCUCUUGGACAUUGUAUUUAAAUGAAUCAGGUGUCGCAAUGACUGGUAGAAUGUAGUUGCUGAAACCGCGGCAGUGUACAGCUGACAAGUGUUAACCAUACGUAACAAGACUAUUGCCAAGCAAUAUAUGUCCCUACCGGCUCUACCAUUGUCAGAUUAUUUUUUUAUUUGUUGCCAUAACAACCAGAAUUGUUGACGUAGGAACAAAAUAAAAUGACGUGCAACCGGUAGGGGACAAUAAAACGCAUUCAAUACGACGCUACUGGAUCGGCUCUUUAAAUUGAUAUGUAUGAAUAUUUAUAAACUUCAAAAUUUAAUAUUGACAUUUUAUAUUUAUAACAUAUUCUUUCAUGGUUUUUGCGGGUCACCGGUAUCUAAAUAAAGAAUACUUUCACUA